AUGGACUUUACUAUCUUAUUCUUUCUUCUCACGAUCUUUUCAGCCGCGCAAGGCCAUGUUCCUCAUCUCAGACAUUCUCGCCUUCACUCUGCUCCAAGCCCCUCUAAGCUCACCAAGAGAGCUGAUGACGAUCCAUCAGACUUCUCCUGGGUGAAGAGAUGGGCAGCCAUAGGUGACAGCUAUACCGCUGGAAUCGGCUCUGGGCGGCCUAUGGGCAGUAUCUUUGACGGCGAAGAACUUGAUGUCAAAGUCAAGACUCUUAACAUCACAUUACCCAACCUCGAGUUUAGCGGACACGGCAACUGGUAUUGUUCUAGAUAUGACAUGUCAUAUCCCAUGAUCAUCAACAGAAUCCUUGGCUCGCAAGUCGAGAGUUUCCAGUAUGCUGCUUGCAGUGGGGAUCGUGCUGGACAGAUCUACCAACAAGCACAACAGAUUGAUGGAGAUCUUGACAUGGUCAUGUUGACAGCCGGUGGCAACGAUCUCUGCUUGUCUGGUAUUAUAGCCAACUGUAUUAUCCUUUCUGCAGGUCAUGACGAAGCAUGCGAAACCGUCCUCAAGAUUGCUGAAGAAAAUGUCGAGAACAUCAUCACGGACAACAUGAAAGAGAUUCUUUACGCCCUGAAUAAGAAGGUGAAAAAAGAUGGCAUUGUCGUCGUCCUGGGAUAUGCUGAAUUCUUCAGCACCGAGAAUGAUGACUGUGAGAACGAGUCUUGGGACAUAUCAGAAUUUAAAGAACCUGUGCAAUGGCCACAGAAGCUGACGAUUGCCCGGCGCCACCGAUUCAAUGCACUCGUCAAGAAGAUCAACAAGGCAACUGCUGAUGCUGUCAAUGCCAUUUCGGAAGAUGACGACGUCAAGUACAAAAUCGGCUUUGCGGACUGGAACCCUUGGGUCACUGAUGCCAGCAUCGACGGACAGAUGUGCUCUCCGUCUGCCAAUGGAGAUUACCCGAGUAAGGAUCAGCCUGAAAUGCAAUUUAUCAAGCCAAAGACGAAUCCUUCACCUGGAGAGCACGAUGAACUGAAGAAGCGGGGGGUUCCUGAAUCCGAUUACUAUGAUUACUCCCAGGCAGAGCUGAAAAAGAAACGAGCUGCUGACAGCAUUUGGGGGUCAAAGUUCUUCAACAGCCCCAACGACUCUGCGCUGGUACGCAGAGUCCUCGGUCGUCGUGCUCCAAAGCCUCCAGGUUGUCCCUCGGACUACAGCAGAGAUUGGACAAUGGGUCUUGGUCUUCCCAACGAUUUUGCGGAGAAGUUCCAUCCCAACGAGAAGGGACACGUCACUAUGGCCAGCUUCGCAAUGGCUGAGGCAAUGGACCUUCGGUCUUUGGUGCUUGGCAUUGAUCCCCCUUCGUGUGAGGUUAAGGACCAGUUCAAAUGCUGGUCCGAUGACAACUGGAAGAUCUAUGCCAGCGCUGAUCGACUGGACAAGCACUAUGAGGAUUUCUGUAAGAACAUUGAGCAGCCAGAUCAUGAGAAGGGUUGGGACUACUACAAAGUGUAUGACGAAGACACACCUGAUGAGCAUGAGUUCAGAAUCUCGCUUAGCAAUGACGUCGCGGACUAUGACGUUAAUCAGUGCAUCGACUCCUUCAAGAAGCUCAUCCACAACUGCGACACCAAUCGUCGGCUGAACUGGAAGACUGGAGGUAAAUACGUCCGCGACAACGGAGCCUAUACCUACGAAGUAAGCCCAACGCGCUACAACAGACCCUGGCCACCACCAGAAUACGCCCAAGGAACUUGCAAAGGAUGGUAUCACAUUUCUCAUAGUUCGUACACCAUCGAGGGCGGUGGGUUCUCAACGUGGGACUUUGGUCAGAAGACGAUGAGGCCGAGUAUGAAUGGAUGCUAUGGACUUGGAACGACGGCUUGGAACUUUGAGUACUACGAUGAACCUACUGAGGAGGGCUAUGAGUGGAAGCUCACGUUCAACACGCCUGUUUUCGUGAGGUCUCGGUGUUUUAAGAAUAAUAAGGUUGUCAAGGGUGCUGGCGGAUGGACUGAUGGCUGUGGAGGAAAUGACUGA